AUGGCUCUAACAAAUGUUUUUACUCAAAAGAUUGAUUGUGUUGUAGACAUCAAUGCAACGAAACUGACUUGGAAUUUGGUUGUUGGAGUUGUUCGUUUGUACGAGAUUCCUAGCUCAUGGAAUCCCACUGAUGUAUGUAGCUUAAAGUUGGUGCUCCAGGAUGAAAUGGAUGAUCAUAUACAUUACUCCAUUCCGAAGGCAAAUGUGGUGGUCUUUAAGACAGAUGUUCGUGAAUUUAGAAUAUACUCAAUGAGAAAUUUCAUUGUUCAGUCAAAUUUGAAAAGUGUAAGGACAACUGCACACAAGUAUUGCAUUGGUCAUGUUGUUGGAAAGGAGGAUGUUAGACCAAUGAUUACAAAAUCAGGUCAAGAAAGCAAAUGCAUGGCACUAUACCUGGAGGAUCUUCAGAAAAACAAGAUCAAAUGCACUAUAUUUGGUAAAAUGAUUGGCAAGUUAACUCCGUUUGUCAAUAAGAAUAAUGGUGAGCCACUGAUUUUGGUCGCUCAACUCUUCAAGCCAAAUCAUUACCUCAAUCAGAUUAAUGUUAAGAAUAGUCUUUAUGCCUCAAGAGUAUUCCUGAACCCUGAUUUCCCUGAUGUUAUUGCAUUCAAGAAUCAAUUACUUCGAGUUAGCCUAUUGAAAGAAGGUGACAUUGGCUCACAACGAAUUAAUCAUAUAGAGAUCCAACCUCAAUAUUCAGUGAGUGAUGAGCUUUCGGGAGGUUCCUUUCCAAUCAAUACAAUUGAAGAAGUUUUGAACAUGACUUAUGAAGGCUCCAUUUGA